AUGGCAAUGAUGGCUGGCCGUGUGCUGCUGGUGUGUGCCCUCUGCGUGCUGUGGUGCGGUGCCGGCGGUGGCUGUGACGAGGAGGUGGUGGAAGCUGCUGCUGGCGGUUUACUUGGGACUGCUGGUAAAGGUACGGUGGAGACUUCUGGAACUUCAACGCCAGGACCGGACGGCUCAGAUCUUCCAAAAGGUUUGCCCAAGGUUAAUCAACCAACGGAAACAUCUACAGGAAAAUCGUUGGAAGUAAAUAAAGUUAAUGUUGAUCAACAGGAUGUUGCUCCUGGGGUGGGGGAUGAAGAAGAUGGAAGCCCUUCAGACCAUUUAGAAGAACCAUUGAAAGAUGAUCCAGAAAAAGGAAAAACAAAGCCAGAAUUACAAAAUAAAGGGCAGGAAGGAAGAGAACCGCCACAAUUGCAAGUAACUGUACCACAGCAACCGCAGCCACCACUGCAACAGUCACAACCGCCAUCAGCACCUCAGCCACAACCUUCUGCUUCAGAAAAGGGUGAAGUUGUCGGCGAGAACAAUAAGGGUGGAGAAGGUCAGCUCUCAUUGGGAGUAGAACAUAAGGGAAGCGCGGCUCCAGAGGCCCCCAGAAAAGAGGACUUAUUAGAGGGUUCAGGUAAAGAAUCAGAAAACAAUGAACCGGUCCAAACGACAGUGCCAAACAAAGUACCGCCAGAGCACAAAACCCAAAAUGGAAUGUUAACUCCGGAACAAAAGACGAAUGAAAGCCAAGGCACGGAUACAUCCAUGAACCUACCCGAAAUAAAAAAGGAAAAUAAAGAAUACUCUGCCUCCACGAAAAGUACGGCGCCGAGUACAUCAACUGGCAGUCAAGAACAAGAAGCUGAGCCAUCUACAAGCGAAGAACCUUCCCCUUUUGAGGAGGAACAAUCCACAGUGACGAAGAAAACUGAAGAUGCUCGAACUCCGGAUGCUGCGGCGACAGAAAAACGCCAAAACGGCGCUAAUGAAAAGGAUGGCGACAGUGACAGCAGCACCGCGGUCUCCGACACCACCUCCCCUCUUUUGCUUCUUCUUCUUGUUGUUGCGUGUGCGGCUGCUGCGGUGGUGGCCGCGUGA